AUGGCAUUGGAAGUGGCCGCGGUCGUGUGCUGGAGCUGGACGCUUGCUGAUGACGCUUUUAAAGAGCUGGGCGCAGUUCUGUCUGAGAACCAUCAGAGACUCCAGGCCAGAGAAAGAGAACUGAAAGACAUGAAAAAAGUCUUAGACACACUCACGAGGUCCUCAGAAACGAUGCGGGACGAGGCGGAUGUGGUCCUGUCGGAGCUCCAGGAGUCAGUGCAGCGGAUGCUAGAGCUGCUCCAGGACGUGAUGGUCUCCACUGCGCAGGAGAAACUCAACGAGACCCAGGACGUGGUGACCAAACUGGAGGCCGAAGUCAAACAGCUGAAGAAAAAAGAUGGAGAACUGAAAGACCUCAUCAACUGCCAGGACAGUAUCUACUUCCUGAAGACGCAUCAGUCUCUGUGCUGUCCUCUGGAGGGGGGAGAUCUGGGAACUGUGACCGCAAACCCCGAAGCCACGUUUGAUCCCGUCAGGAGCGUCAUCGUCCAGCUCAGGGAGAAAGUGGAGGAGAUGUGUGACCAGGAACCGCACACACACACACACGCACACACACACACACACACACACACACUGAACUGCUGUCAUGUACAGGUGUACAACACCACAGCAUUCACAGUGGCAGACCGCAACGGCCAGAAAACAGGAGGCAUAAUGAAAUUGUUUUCUGGAAAAGGAGCCCGAGCCACUCGUGCACAAGGACCCCCACCAUUGCCUUCAGUAAGCACACGAGGAUCUGUGAACACACGUGCACAGGCUGUCAGAAACAAUGAGCCAAGAGUUAACAGAGGUGUUACAAACUCCCAAAGACCAGCCAGAUCGCCGAGAGAGGAAAGAGAUGACAACGAAAAGAGUCGCAGUUCAUUGAGACCAAGAGAAACGCAAAGAAGAGAGGAAAGAGAAAACAAUGAUGUGAGAACAAGAGGAAGACCGAGAGGAGAAGACCAGAGAUCAGGUAGUCAUGGACAGAGAAAAUCAGACCUCUCAGAGACGUCAAAGCACACAGAGCAGAAGCACACGUGAUGAAGAACAAGCAGACCACUGGAGUUUGAGUUCAAUCAGACCAAGACUGAGAAGAGAGGACAGAGAACAAG